AUGGCUUCAGCUAAAACUCUUCUUAAAAGGCCAGGCACUCAAAGUGAGGCUUCUAUUUCAAAGAAGCUGAUAAUGCAGCAGCGAAAAUCGCUCCCAAACCCUUUCAGUGUUCCAAAUUCAAGGAACCCUGAAAGUCAGCUAUACAUUAAAUGGUAGCGCGUGCCAGAAUACCUCUUGGCAUCAGGAUUUUCUGCCCGGGCCAUAGGGGAACAGUCAUUUUUCCUAGUUGCCAAAGAAAGGUACUCUGGUGUCCUUUACUCCAAGGAGCUAAUCCUCAGAAUCAAGCUACUCCUAUAGCCAUUGUAAAGUCGCAGAAUUCAUAAGCCGGGAACUCAAGACUUAAGCUGCAAGGAAGAAGGAGACAACUAUAUCGCAUGGCUAGCAGUUUUUCACAAAGCUGAUGAGCCUUCAGUAUGGGAGGUUUUAGUCACUGCGUCACUAAUAUAGCUAGUACCUGUCUUUAAUAAUCCCAAUCCUAAUCCCCUGAAAGUCAGCUUAAAACGGCUAAGCUACAAUCAAAGUCCCCAACUCCUCUGCCUGAUCUUCCGACUUCUCCUCGUUUUAAUCAUACUUCUCCAUCGCCAGAGAUGCCAAAAAAAGAUCAAAGUAGUAGCUCAUGUCCUUUAGAUGACCCUGAACUUCCAGCAGUUGGUGAGCUUGAACAUGCAGUAGGCUACUGCUUCUGUCACCACUGUAAUUGUGGAAAGCAUGAAUGUAUCAGUAAAUCUCGUAAAUUACUAAAAACUGCAAGCUCAGCCUGGAGAACACGCUACAAGCAAGAAUUCAGGCCCCGAACUCCUGAAAAGACUUGAUGUUUUAAACCAGAAGACACGAAGCUUGGUUGUUUUGCGAAAAGUAAUGAUUUCACUACAACAAAUCAGCAUUUCUAUAAAACUUUUCAAAUAGAAAAGAAGGAGAAGCCAAAAGAAGAAGUGCCUGAUUCCAAUUUAAGGCUGGAUGGUAGAACUAAUUACCAAAGAGAUUUUAUAAACUGGAAGGUUGACGAUGCUGUGUACUUUGGAAGGCCAAAUUUGCCAUAUCGUGGCGGAAUGGUGAAAGCUAACAAUAGUACAACUUACCGUGAAGUUUUUCAGCCGCAUGUUGUUAAUAUUGGGCUAAAUAGAGCGAAUUCAUUGAAUGGGCUUCAAAGUGGACGAGUUUUCAACACUAUGGGGACUGAAGAAUAUUUCUAUAAAACAACUGCAAGUCAAUUUUUCAGAAAAGAAACUGAAGAAGCAAACAUGCUCAAUACAAGAUAUAGAACCAAGCACGAUAAAGCUGACGGAUUAAUGGCACCCAAAGGACACUUCGCCACGAUGUAUGCAUCUGAGUUUACAUCGAAGAAAAUCCCUAAACAGCUGACUAGAGGCUAA